AUGGUUUUACUAUGGUUUUACUAUUAUCUCUAUAAGCAUCAGUACCUAUCUACUUUUUUCCUUAAAGAGCUUGAACGAGUAGUCAUUAAGGGUCUGCAUGAAGGAUACUCUGCCACGACACUCUUGAGACUCUCGGUCGCGACUCAAUUCACUGCUUUGUCCGCCGCUCUUGUGACCCGCCAGCUCUACUGCCGUCAUCCGUUGUUCCCGUUGUACGACUCUGGUAUGGAGAAGGGAGCGAAACCAGAAAAGAUACAAAGGGAAGUGAGCGAGAAUUUGGCUAAGGACUUCCCGCCCAUCUACCUCGACGUGGUCAAGAACUCUAAUCUUUCAAAUUUGACAUGGGCCCCGCUGAUGUUCCGAUACUCGAGGGACGUCCUAUUCAGUAAAUUAACCCGGGAAAACAUCACGGUGGCUGGAGAUGCUUUGCACCCGAUGACCCCCGACUUGGGCCAGGGGGGUUGCUCGGCGCUCGAGGAUGCGGUGGUAUUGGUUCGGCACGUUGGGGACUCGAUUUCCAAGCACGGAAAACUUGUAACCUACUAUGUGAAAUUUGCCCUAGAGAGGUACGCAAAGGAGCGAAGGUGGAGGGCGGCGACUUUGAUAACGGCGUCAUAUUUGUCCGGUUGGGUGCAACAAGACUGGUCUGGCCGAUUGAUGAAGUUCCUGAGGGAUGUAGUGUUCUAUAGGCUGCUCUUGACUAGAGUAGUACGUAGUGUCGCACAAUAUGAUUGUGGGAAGCUUCCCAGGGUUUUCUAUUUGCCUUCAUGUGGAUCCGGGAUGUCCAUCUAA